UCGCAGCUUCCGCCCGCCGGCUCCGGACGUAGAUGCUUUCCCGUCCUUCUUAUAAUUAUAGAAAUGGCGGCAAACGAGCAGGGAAGGAAGAGAAGCGCGGAGGAGGAGGCGGCGGGCGCGGAUGACCCGGUGCUGUCUCUGGUGGAUGUGCUGGAGGAGGACGAUGCGCUGCAGGAUGAGGCUUGCGCGGUGCUGGCCGGGAGCGACGCCGAGAAAUGCUCUUACCCCGAGGGCUACGUGAAUCGGCAGGCGCUGUACGCCUGUAACACCUGCACGCCCGACAAAGAGGAGCCGGCGGGAAUCUGCCUAGCGUGUACUUACAAGUGUCACGAAGGACAUGACUUGUUCGAGCUUUAUACAAAGAGGAACUUCCGCUGUGAUUGUGGGAAUAGCAAAUUCAAGCAGCUGGAGUGCAAGCUCUUUCCCGAGAAGGAGGACGUUAACUCUUUAAAUAAAUAUAACGCAAACUUCUUCGGCCUGUACUGUACGUGCAAACGGCCAUAUCCUGACCCGGAAGAUGAGAUCCCGGAUGAAAUGAUCCAGUGCGUGGUCUGCGAGGACUGGUUUCACGGAAGGCAUCUUGGAGCCUCCCCGCCGGAACACCUAGAGUUUCAAGAGAUGAUAUGCCAAGGCUGCAUGGAGCGCUGCGCCUUCCUUUGGGCUUACGUGCCACACUUAGCCGAGGUGGACCAUGAAGAUAUUAAGGUGGAAGAUGGGUCAGAGGAGGACGUUAAGGUCCAGAACGGGCUGGAUAUUAAGACAGAAGAACAAAAAGCAGAAAUUGUGAGUCACCCCAAUAUAAAAGAAGAGGAGGACAAACAGAACAGUCCGUCCACAAGUGCCGCCUCGGAUCAGAAAUCUGCCAACGGCGAGGACUCAAACCCCACGAGGACAGAAGCCAAGCCGGAAGCGACGUGUAAACUGCAGGCGUACAGAACGCAGCUGGGAUCCGCGGCAAAAACCGCCACGUACUGGCAGAGCAACUGGCGCAGGAAGCUCUGCAACUGCAAGGACUGCAUGAAAAUGUACGCUGAGCUGGAAUUGCUGUUUUUGGUGGAUGAAGGCGACACGGUCCAGGCGUACGAGAAUAAAGGGAAAACCAACGAAGCCCAAGAGAGGAGAGACCCCCUGAUGACUGCGCUCAGCGCCAUGAACAGAGUGCAGCAGGUGGAGCUCAUCUGUGAAUACAAUGACUUGAAGACAGAGCUAACAGACUACCUGAAAAGGUUUGCGGAGGAAGGAAAGGUUGUGAAAACAGAAGACAUUCAGCAGUUCUUUGACGAUCUGAGGUCCCGGAAAAGGCGGCGCGUGGAGGGAAUGCAGUAUUAUUGCAGCUAAAUCCAGCGCUUGCUCCAGAGAAACGAGCGUUUGAUUGUCUCAUAAACUCGAGCUCCAAACCCAUGAAGUUUGUCCUGUCUUCUUAAACUUCUGUCUUAAAAAUAAGCCAUCUUGUGCCGCAGACGCGCGUUACUCCCGUACGGUACGCAUCCUACCCUUUAGUUAUUAAAUGGUAUCCACGUCAUGCGCUCUGUAAAGGCCCGGGGGCAGGAGAGGCACACCGACUCCCAUUAAUCCAGCAUGAUUUCCCUCCCUCUCUAGCGAAAUAACAGAUUUUAUCCGGUAACUGCCCCCUCGACCGGUUUCUUCUCUCUUGUAGAGAUAGCUCUGCCCCCCGGCUUGUGAAUUUUCUGUAUAGGAAAUUGCCAGCGGCGUUGAAGAGGCCAGGCUGUAUCAGUUUGGUGACUGCUGCUUACGGCUUUUAAACUAGACCAUGACUUUUUCUUUUUCUCACGUAGUCUGUAAAUCAGGAUUUUCGUUUUUUUUUUUUUUGUUCUUGCUUUGGAAAUCACAAUAAAAUACUUUAAUGUUAGUAA